AAAUGCCCAAAAUCUGAAAAGGAAAGCUUGAAACAAUACUUCAAAUGCAAGGAUUAAAUGAUUUCUCACAUGAAAACUUCUUCUUUUUUAUUCUUUCUUACUAUGAUUGACAUUAUACAUAUUGUACCCAACCUAGCAAAUAUCAAUAAGAAGCAGAAAAAGGCAAUCAAUGAAAUUAUAAGGUACUACUUGGCAAAACAAAAUAGAAGAAGCUAGCUAGCCUCAGGGCCUUUUAAUGCAAAUUGUAAUUAAUAAGUUAACUCAUUAUGUCAAUAUCUUACCUCAUAAAAAUAAAAAUAAAAAAAGUUUCUAAAUAUCAAAAAGAGAAAAAUAGGACCAAAAAUUUUGUAAAAAACUAAAAAGCCAAAGGCUCUUUGUAUUGGCCAACUAUACUAAAAUAAAGAAAACAAUGACAUGAAGCCAAAGAGAGAACUCACUGCUCAUUGUUAAAAACAAUGAUCAAACAACUCCAAUUUCUUUUGCUAGAAAAAUAAAUUUUGUUAGCUUUUUAGUUGGCCUAUCUAAUUCAUCCAAAAAUAACCAACCCUCUAAAACUCCUCUAACCUACCAUAGAGCAAAGACACAGAGAGAAAGAAAAGAAAAAAGAACCUUUUAAAGAAUUCUUGAAAUUAAAAAGGAGAAAGACCCAUCAAUGCCUUGCACAUUACUCUCGCAUACUACCCAUUGCUGAAAGCUUCAUCUCUUGCCUUUCUCCUUUCCUUCAAUGGAAGAAGAUCAUAACUCAAGAAUUCCAAUGGCGAGAACAGGCAAGAUUAUCAGAAGAUCGAUCCAUACUUUCCUUCAAAACUAUCAAUACUUCACCUCAGGUUCAGCUCUGCUUGCCUUACCUUUCUCUGUCUCAAUUCUCCUUUCACAAGCCUUGUUAGUCCCUUCCUCAAAUUCUCUUUUUCCGACAGUACACAGUCGCUUGCAGGCUCUUUUUCGCGCUGCCGGGUUCCCUCUGUCGUCAGAAUUCUUCACCAUUCUCAGCCUCAAACUCUCCCAAACAAUCUCUUCAUCAGUUUUUGCACUGCCCUUUACCCUUACUUUCUUGCUUUUUGCAAAAGCGUCAGUAAUUCAAGCUCUCAACAAAUCUAAACCAACUUUAUCAUCUCCAUCUUUCUCUUGCAUCAUAUGCAUUUUCAACCCUCUUCUGCUUACCUAUAUUUUCAACACAUUCCUGAUCAUCUCCGCGAAUGCGACAGCGUUCUGUCUGUUAUUCCUGUCUUUUAACUUUCUCGAAGGGUUUGGUUUCUCUUCACCCAACAGCUGUCUCCUACUCUCAGCUGCUGGAGCAGUUCUUUACUCGAUCAUUCUUGCCAAUGCACUUAUAACAUGCAACUUAGCAUUAGUUUUAUCCGGCGGAGAAAAAUCCGGUGGAUUUAUGGCAUUUUUGAAGGCCUGUGUAAUGAUUCGCGGAAGAACUUCAACAGCACUGUCCCUUGCCCUGCCUGCAAGUAUAUCCCUGGCAGGAAUUGAAGCUUUGUUUCAGUACAGAAUUGUUAGACCUUACAAUCAUAGGGGCCAGACGGCGAGUUCGUUGAUGGUUAUGGAAGGGAUGCUAAUUGCGUACUUGUAUUCAGUUUUUAUUGUUCUUGAUACUGUUGCAACCUGCAUCUUCCUGGAAAGCUGCAACAGGAAUUCUUGCAUAGAUCAAGAAGAAGGUAGGUUUGCUUACAGGAUUGAAAUUUUAGAGGAAGAUUAUCAAGGUGGUUAUGUUAGCUCAAAGGCUACGCAAGAACUUCCGUAAAUUAUAGAUUGAAAGAAAUACACAAGAUCAAGUAUUUUUUUCUUGAUAUUUUUUUUUCCAGAUGGAUUCUAUAGAAAGCAUCAUUUCAUUUCGUGAUGGGAACCAGGUUACUUCUUGGAAACAAUAAAGAUCAGCAACUGAGAUGAUACUCAUGAACAAGAAGCACUGUUGAAAAGGGAAAUGCGUAUAUACAUGCACAUUUUAUCCAAUUUCACUCUAAAUUCUCCAUUUGAUUUCAUUUCUUUUUCCUUUUUAGUUUUUUUCUAUAAUUUGUUACACUGUUUAUUUAUAGAUUGGAAAGUGUUAUUCAUUGUUAAGUUAAAAAAGGUUUAUUUAUUUA